UAAAUGAAUGGAUGAGUAAAUAAAAAAUUUCAAUAUUCGAUUGAAGAAGUUCGUUUUUGGUCGCGUUGCUUUGCUUUUUAAAUAUCAAAUCAAAUUAUGAAAUUGCUAUUAAGUUCGUUAAUCGUUGGUAGCCUAAUGGUUGCGAGCAUUUCAGCUCAAGGUGCCAUCUAUCAUAAUGCCACACAUCCAGAUUAUCCGGGUCAAUGUUAUUAUGAGAAGUACUCGAUCGCGUUGCCCGUAGGUGGAGUAUUUCAACCUACCAAUCUUUGUGCCUGUGAAAAGUCUACAUGUCGCGACGAUUUAGUUUUGGAAAUGAAUUUUUGCCCACGUCACAAUAUGCAAGAGACCGAUGAUUGUUCCAUUGUAACUGAUGAUACGCUGGCUUAUCCCGAUUGUUGCCCUAAACUUGUUUGCAAAGACACCGAGAAGCGUAAUAAGAAAACCUGCUCAAGUUAUUAUAGACAAAAAACUAAAGUUGAAGUUUGUUUCACAGAGUGAAGAAGCAAUCUGAUCUAUCCGUCUAUGGCAACGAACAGCAAGGACUUUGACAUGCUUACACGUAUUUUUGAAUUAAGAUAAACAUAUUUAACUUAAAAUUCUCAAGUCCCUUGAAUUUUCGUUAUAAUAAAGGAAAAUAAAGACAACGCUAA